CAAAGAAAUAGACUAACAGAACAGAGUAAGGCAAGACUGUCUUUAAGAUUAUAAGGCAGCGCGUGUUCUCCAAAAUCGCUUUAUUUCGUUUCCUUUCGUUGUCUGUCGUGGGAGACAACAGGGCGGAACAAAAUGUCUGAGGACGACGACAGGCAGCAGUCUCCGCCGUCGGAUCUUGAGUUUGUUUCCAAUAAGGCGCGGAACUGCAACGCCACUGGAUCUGGUUCGGGUAACCCGGAGUUCCAGUCGGCGUACCCGGAUCAGGUUCUGGAGAACGUGCUCCACUUCCUGACAUCGAAGCGGGACCGAAACGCAGUUUCAUUGGUUUGUAAGUCAUGGUACCGGGUCGAGGCGCUUACUCGAUCCGAGCUAUUCAUUGGGAACUGCUAUGCGGUUUCGCCUGCUCGGGCCACGGCCAGGUUCGCCAGGGUGAGGGCUCUUCACCUGAAAGGGAAGCCCAGGUUUGCGGACUUUAACAUGAUGCCGUCUGAUUGGGGAGCGCACUUCAAUCCCUGGGCUCUGGCUAUGGCCAAGGCUUACCCUUGGCUGGAAAAAGUUCAUCUAAAGCGCAUGUCCGUGACGGAUGAUGAUCUGGCAACACUGGCCGAGUUGUUUUUAGGGUUUAAGGAGCUCGUCCUCGUUUGCUGUGAUGGGUUUGGAACUAGUGGCCUUGCUAUUUUCGUUAACAAGUGCAGACAGCUUAAGGUGCUUGAUCUGAUCGAAUCCGAGAGUUCAGAUGAUGAGGCAGAUUGGAUAUCCUGUUUUCCCGAGGGUGAAUCGCAUCUUGAGUCCUUGAUAUUUGAUUGUGUGGAAUGCCAUAUAAAUUUCGAGGCAUUGGAAAGGCUGGUGGCUAGGUCUCCUUCACUUAAGAAGCUUAGAUUAAAUCGAUAUGUUUCAAUUGGGCAGCUAUACCGCCUGAUGGUUCGAGCUCCGCAGCUCACACACCUUGGGACAGGGUCCUUUAGCUCUUCGGAGAUUGCAGGGCAAGGUGAUCAAGAACCAGAUUAUGUGAAUGCUUUUGCUGCCUGCAAAACCUUAGUUUGUCUCUCUGGGUUUAGGGAAAUAAUUCUGGAUUAUCUGCCUGCAAUAUACCCUGUUUGCGCAAAUCUAACAUCUCUGAAUUUCAGCUAUGCUAACAUCACUGCAGAACAGCUUAAACCAAUUAUAAGCAAGUGCCACAAGCUCCAGGUUUUCUGGGUUCUAGAUUCAAUAUGUGAUGAAGGACUUCAAGCAGUGGCUGCGACAUGCAAGGAAUUACGUGAGCUUCGGGUUUUUCCUGUCGAUGCUCGAGAGGAUAGUGAUGGCCCGGUUUCUGAAGUUGGCCUCCAAGCUAUUUCAGAAGGCUGUCGGAAAUUGCAAUCUAUUCUGUAUUUUUGCCAGCAGAUGACUAAUGCAGCUGUGAUAACAAUGUCCAAGAACUGUCCAGAUCUUGUUGUUUUCCGGCUAUGCAUAAUGGGGCGCCACAGGGCCGAUCAUGUGACUGGAGAACCCAUGGAUGAUGGUUUUGGUGCCAUUGUUAUGAACUGCAAGAAGCUCACUCGCCUUGCUGUAUCCGGAUUACUGACGGAUAAAGUUUUUGACUACAUUGGACGGCAUGGGAAAUUGGUACGCACGUUGUCGGUGGCCUUUGCUGGAGACAGUGAUAUGGGCCUUAAAUAUGUGCUUGAGGGUUGUCCACAAUUGCAGAAAUUUGAGAUUAGAGAUAGCCCAUUUGGAGAUGCAGCCCUGCGUUCCGGUUUGCAUCACUACUACAACAUGAGGUUCCUUUGGAUGUCCUCAUGUAGGCUAACUCGCCGUGGUUGCCAGGAGAUUGCUCGUGCUAUGCCUCGCCUAGUAGUUGAAGUGAUUAGGUCUGCUGAUGAGGAGGAGGUGGAUGAUGCUGUUGAAAUAUUAUACAUGUAUCGGUCUCUUGAAGGGCCAAGAACUGAUGCACCGAAAUUUGUCACCAUCUCGUAGGUAAACACGAUGCAGGAAGCUAUUUCAAGUGUUCUCAUGGUAGAUAAAAAAACAAGUUUGCUCUGUUUCACGGGGAAUAUUAAUAUGGCAGGCAUCUUUUAGAUAACGCCCCGUGUAUUCCAGUCAAUCCAGCCAAGCAAAGUUGAGUAAAUAACUUCUGCUUCAGGCUUGGGUUGUUACGGCUGCACUGAAAUCAGAUCUCCCGGUUAGGGAUAACUUUCAUUUUUGCAUAGGUUCUUUUCAAGGACUUUGGAUGAGGGGACUAGUGAUUGAACAGGAGGUCUUUGUAUGUUAUCAGAUCAUCGGAUGUUCUAGCGGUACACAUUUUAAAUUUUAUGCUUAUUUUUGUUUUCGUAUUCAUUUCAAUAAUUGAAGUUAGCCAAAAGAGAAUUUAGGAGGGGGUUAUUGAACUAGUAUAUGGAGGGGCAAUGAUGCAUGUUUUUCGGUCCAAGAUCGCCUUAACUUUUGAUGUAGAGAUGGUCGAAGAAAUCGGAGAUUUGAAGCAGCCAAGAAGUAUUUUUCCGCUCUCUAAAAGAUAAGUCUGCUCAUUU